CCUGCGGCUUACAUUCCCCCCUCGCCAUCCCGCACGUCCCUCACCAUGUCGACGAGCGGAUUGAAGGCGAUUGCGCCGGUCCCCACCGCGGCGGACUUCUUGGACAUCGUCCUGUCCAAGACCCAGCGAAAAACGCCGACGGUCAUCCACAAGAACUUCAAGAUCAGCAGAAUACGGAACUUCUACAUGCGCAAGGUCAAGUUUACGCAAGACUCGUUCGAUGAGAAGCUCGGUGCUAUCCUGAGCGAGUUCCCCGUCCUUGAUGAUCUCCAUCCAUUCCUCUCCUCCUUGAUGAACGUGCUGUACGACAAGAACCACUAUAAGCUUGCGUUGGGUCAGCUACGGACAGCAAGACAUCUGAUCGACCAGGUGGCGAAGGACUACGUCCGCCUGCUUAAGUUUGGUGACAGCAUGUACCGCUGCAAGCAGCUCAAGCGUGCUGCCCUCGGUCGCAUGGCUACGAUCAUGCGCCGCCAGAAGGACCCGCUCGCCUACCUCGAGCAGGUCCGGCAACAUAUCUCCCGUCUCCCCGCCAUCGACCCCAACACCCGCACCCUCAUUAUCUGCGGCUAUCCCAACGUCGGCAAGUCAUCUUUCAUCAACAAGGUCACCCGCGCGGACGUCGACGUCCAGCCGUACGCCUUCACCACCAAGUCCCUCUUCGUCGGCCACCUCGACUACAAGUACCUCCGCUGGCAGGUGAUCGACACGCCUGGUGUGCUCGACCAUCCACUCGAGGAGAUGAACACGAUUGAGAUGCAAAGCAUCACCGCGCUGGCCCAUCUGAAGAGCUGUGUGCUGUACUUCAUGGACCUCAGCGAGCAGUGCGGGUACUCGGUCGAGGCGCAGUGCAAGCUCUUCCACUCGAUCAAGCCCCUCUUCACCGGCAAGCCUGUUCUCCUCGUCAUCAACAAGAUCGACGUCACCCGGCUCGAGGAUCUCGUUCCCGAGACGCGCGCGCUGGUGCAGGAGAUCAUAGACGCGGAGGACGUCAAGUGCGUCCAGGUGUCGUGCUACUCGGAGGAGGGUGUGAUGGACGUCAAGAACACGGCCUGCGAUGCUCUGCUUGCCCACCGCGUCGAGAACAAGCUCCGCGGCAGCAAGAUCAACCAAGUCGCCAACCGCAUCCACGUCGCGCAGCCUAAGCCUCGCGACGAUGUCGUCCGCCCACCCUUCAUCCCCGAAGCCGUCAAGCAGAAGAAGAAGUUCGACCCCGAGGACCCGGAGCGCAAGAAGCUCGCCCGCGAGAUCGAGCUGGAGGAGGGCGGUCCCGGCGUCUUCAACAUCAACCUCAAGCAGGACUAUCUGCUCAAGAACCCGGAGUGGAAGCAGGACGUCAUCCCCGAGCUUUGGCAAGGGAAGAACAUCGCCGACUUCAUCGACCCCGAUAUCGAGGAAAAGCUCGAGGCGCUCGAGCGCGAGGAAGAGCGGCUACAGGCCGAGGGUUUCUACGACAGCGACGAGGACUCGUUCGACUCCGACGACGAGCGCGAGGCCGUUGAGGCACAGGCCAACCUCAAAGCCAAAAUCACUUCCCAGGCCAUCAAGAAGUCAAAACGCAACCAACCUCCCUUACCCCGCACCGCUGGCCUCCGCACCCUCUCCGAACUUUCUGCCGGCAUGCGCGCCGCCGGGCACGACCCAUCUCGCAUCGAGGGGCGCGCAAAAGCGCUCGCGAAGGCGCAGAAGCGGAAACGGGACGAGGAGGGCGAGGAGGACGUCGAGAUGGGCUCGGGCAGCGAUGGCGACGAGGACGACCCGAUGGACGUGGAUGGCGAGGGCGCGCCCGUCAAGCGGGCAAAGACGGCAGCAGGCGCGGUCAUCAGCCGGCGCGCGCCGCGGACAAAUCGCUCGCUCGUGGGCUUGCGGGACGACGCACAGGCAGACAAGGCGGUCAAGCUGCGCAACAUCGGCCAGCGGCCCGCCGCCUUCCUCGCCCGCGCGGGAGAGGGCGACAGGCAUAUCGGGACGAAAAUGCCGCGGCACUUGUUCGCUGGGAAGCGCAAGGGCGGCAAGACGCAGCGCCGGUAGAGCGGUCGUGUGUCCUGCUUUGUUCGUUCUAUGUUCUGUCGCUGUAUAUGGCUUGUAUUUCUGUAUAUCCCUGUGCUUUAGGCCGGUAAUGUCAUGGGUGUAGCCGCCUAGCGCGGGCCUCUGGACGAUUGGGGGCGUUGGUAAAGUCGCACUGUGAUCACG